UAGUUAACUGUUUGGCCGCCAGGUUACGCGACGAUCACCAUUCGUUUCGGUUGAGACUUGAACAUUGCGGCCUCUGAUUAUAUUGUUGAUUUUCCAUAAAAAUAGAUACAACUUUGUUACUUGUACGGUAUUUCCUUUUGUGAUGUGAUCUCGUGAUCCCUCUCUGUUAGACGGUCCUAUAACAAUUCAUUAUAAAUAACCGUUUCUAGUAACUCGUUUUGAAGUUUAAACGUCGCAAUGGAAGAACACGUAAAUUCCCUCGCGCUUCAAUACGAUUUGUUCGUUAACAGCACACUUAAAAUGUUGGAUACCGCGACCGAGAGAGAUUAUAUGCUAAAAUUAAAAGUCAUUGAUGAAUUAGCACAUCAAAUUAAUGAAAGUGAAAAUGACAAAAAAACUAUCAAAAAUACAUUAGAAGCUGUUCAAGAUGAAUGUACUAAAUUGACAUAUAAACUUAAAACUUCUGCUCGCCUAUUAGAUGAAGUUCAAGUAGAAAAACUAAAACUUGAAGUUGAAAAAGAAUCUUUGAAAUCUCAAAUAAAACAAUUAUGUUCUGUUUUAAAAAAACCUGAUGAUAAAACUUUUAUUCAAUAUUCACAAAAUAAUCAUUCAGAUUGUGCCCUAGAUGGAAAAAGGAAUCUUAAUAACACUGAUGCCUUGUUAUCAGAUAUAAGCUAUAGUUAUUCUGAAGAUAGUUCAUAUGAAAAUGUUAUAAAAAAUGUCAAACAUAAUUAUAUACCAUUAGUCAAUGUACCAAAAUCUCCUUCUUCAAAUACUGGCGUUAACACAAAAACAUGUGAGAUAAAAAAUGUAAAUGUUAAUGGUGGAAAAAUUAUUGCUACAACUACUUUGACUAUGGAUUUAGAUUCUAUUAAUGCAAAAUCACUAAUUAAAACUCUUCCAACAUUAAAUUCAAAAGACACAUUGCUAACACCAUUAAGUGAUUCAGUAGAAUCAUUUUCCAGUGACUCUGAAAAAAAUUAUAAAUCUAUAAAUGAUAAUAAAAUUGACCAAAGUAUUGAAAAGAAACACAAUUUUGUUCAAAAAAUGAUUGUUAUUCCUGAAAUUUGUGGACAAUGCCUUAAGAAAAUAAAAUUUAAUACCUACAUGGUAAAAUGUCUUGACUGUAAAACAAUUGCACAUUUAGAAUGUAAAGAUUUCAUUCCAGUUUUUUGUACUUUUGAUGAAAACAAAAGCAAUGCUUUAAAUUGUGGUGUCCCACCUUUAAUUGUUUACUGCAUCAAUGAAAUUGAAAGAAGAGGAAUGGGUACUUAUGGAUUAUAUAGAGUAUCAGGUUCUGAAAAAGAAGUGAAAAUUUUAAGAGACAAGUUUCGUAAAGGUGUUCCUAAUUUAAAUGAUGUUGAUAUUCAUGUUCUAUGUAGUUGUCUUAAGGACUUCAUACGCACACAAAAAAAUCAUCUUAUAAUGCCAAGUGCUUUAUCUAAAUUGACUGAUGCAUUGAAAGCAAAUGAUGUAUCUGAUUCCCUUAGACAAGGUGUACUUGAAUUGCCAGUUUCUAAUCGCAAAAUACUUGCCUUUCUUAUUCUCCAUUUGCAAAAAGUUGCUAGUUCAUCAAAAUGCUCUAUGGAUUAUAAUUGUCUUGCUAUAGUUUUUGGGCCUACAAUUGUAGGUCUUUCAAGUACUAAUUUGGAUGAUUUGCAAAUUAAGUCUGAAAUUGUUUCUGAAGUUUUAAUAGAACUACUGAAAUUGCAUCAAAGUUUUUGGCAUAGUUUUAUAAAAGCUGAUUUUGCAUCAUCUGAAGAAUUAUUGAAUAGUACUCCAGCUCGAAGUCAACAUCAAACACCAAUAUCAUCCAAUAAAUUCUUUUCAUCUGGAAUAAAAAGGCGAAUAUUAAGCUCUCCGAAAAAAAUGAAAAUUUCAAAACCGGAUGAAUUUGAAAACAAUUGAAUUCAGUACUUAAUGAAAUAAGUAUAAGUGUCAGUAAUAAUGCCAAUUAAUAUAGGUACUAUUUUUAUGUGUUUUUAUUUUCUUAAUCAUCUUUAAAGUAUUUGACUGAAGAAUUUUUAAA